AUGGGAAACAAAAAGGCUUCCAUUCUCCCCUACCGCAGGGGUUCUGGGUCCUCAGAAGCGGAUUUCUUUGAUAUCCCCGACGAGCCAUGUCUUGCAAUUGUGAAGCGGCAACUAAGACACAUUCGGACCUGGAUUUUCUUCGCGAUCUUCAUCCUUCUGAUACUUUGGUUUCGCCGUGAAGCCCCUUCACCUGCUCCUGUCUCGCAUAUCGACUAUGGUAAGGUUGAUUGGUCGCGUUACGCCUACAGUCAGUAUGCGACGUCGAGCGCAUAUCUUUGUAACGCCGUGAUGGUGUUUGAAGCCCUGGAGCGGUUAGGUAGCCGAGCGGAUAGAGUUCUUUUCUACCCCGAAGACUGGGAUAUGUUUGUUGCAGAUGAUCGUGACAGGGACAGCCAGUUGCUACAGCUCGCCAAGGAGAAGUAUAAGGUGUUGCUGAUACCUAUUAGUUCAGAAAUGAUCCAGGCUGGAGGAGGCUCUGGCGAAUCUUGGGAUAAGAGUAUCGCGAAAUUGCUCGCCUUUGGCGAGACAGAAUACGAUCGCGUCAUACACCUUGAUUCCGACGUGACCAUUCUCCAGAAGAUGGACGAGCUUUUCUUCCUCCCACCAGCCAAAGCCGCCAUGCCACGAGCUUACUGGGCGCUCCCGGAUACAAAGCAACUAUCGUCCCUGCUGAUCGUGAUUGAACCUUCUUAUCGCGAAUUCAAAGCCCUUAUGGAGAGUGCUCAGCCAGCUCUCUACGGUCAAGUGGGAGUUGAUUCGAAUGAAACAACACAUAGAUAUGAUAUGGAGCUGUUGAAUAAUCGCUAUGCCGAUUCGGCCUUGGUUCUUCCGCAUCGGCAGUACGGCCUAGUCACUGGCGAGUUCCGGAAAAAAGACCACAGCAAUUUCCUUGGAAAUGACUAUGAGACUUGGGAUCCUGACAAGGUCUUGGCAGAAGCCAAGCUCGUGCACUUCUCUGACUGGCCUUUGGCUAAGCCGUGGGUCAUGUGGCCGGUUAGUUUGCUGGCUGAGAUUCAACCCAGGUGCGACUACAAACCCGGCACACCUCAAGAGAAAGGGUGCCGUGAUCGGGAAGUAUGGAAGUCACUCUACCAAGACUUCCGUCAAAGACGAAAGGUUUGCGCAAAAAUUUGCAUGAUUCUAACAGAAUCUUGCUGA